AGUGAAUGACUGAACCGUUUGUUUACUUCAAAAAACAACAAUUGUUUGUGUUUUUGAUAUUAAUUAACAAAUGAUUAGUUAAUAGUUGUGUUGGGAAACAAUGCAAGCAUUUAUUGCUUACAAAAAUCAUUUGCAUUUGUUUUCAUUGAAUCGUGUGUUGAGACUCGCGGCCAACGGAGCGGUCAAACACUCGCAACGGAACCGAUGUCUUCAUAACUGGACCAUCAGUUCAUUGAACGGAUGGUUUCGGACGAAAAAUGGCCGCAAAUUAGUGGCCGAGUGUCGGGCCAUUCGCCGAACUCUGGCCAACAGUCGGACAUUGAUUUGGUCGACAAAACACUGGACUAACGGCGCGAUUGUCUAUUCAAAUGACGGCCAAAAUAAGAGCUCAAAAAACAACAAAAAUGGUAAUAAAGAGUCGCAAAGGAAUCGUAAUUACGAUAACGAAGACAACGAAGAGGAGGACAACGAUGAGCCCAAGUCUUCACUGAUGGCCAAAGCCGUGGUUUGGAUGUUAUCCGGAUAUAUAGUGAUAACGAUAAUGUCAUUACUGUUUCCCAACUCUAAUACACCGGAUGUGUUGCGAUACGUGUCUUGGAAUGAGUUCUUGCAUCAAAUGUUAGCCAAAGGAGAAGUGGAACAACUGGUGGUCAAACCAGAGCUGGAUUUGGUGACCAUUUAUCUACACGAAGGCGCUGUCAUUAAAGGGAAGCGAUCCGAUCACAGGACAUAUCACAUGAAUAUCGUAGACGUGCCCUCAUUUGAGAGGCGGCUCAGAGAUGCCGAGCGACAGCUCGCCGUCAAACCCGACAAAGCGGUUCCCGUUGUCUAUGAGCGCAAUCAGGAGAGCAAUUGGCUUUUGUUGGUGUCUUUGGUCGCCGUCUCUCUUAUGAUAUUAAUUAUGUUCAGAAGCGGACAAAUCAAAACUCCAGUUAAUAUGGAUAUGUUUUCACAAAUGGGUCGCGCGAAGUACACGAUCGUGGAUCCGCUGACCGGUGGCGGGAAAGGCGUCCGUUUUAAAGACGUGGCCGGACUUAAAGAAGCGAAAGUAGAAAUCAUGGAAUUCGUUGAUUAUCUAAAAGCGUCGGAAAGAUUUCGAGCAUUGGGAGCUAAAGUGCCGCGAGGGGUCCUACUUCUUGGGCCGCCCGGUUGUGGCAAAACAAUGUUAGCCAAAGCGGUGGCCACUGAGGCCAGUGUGCCCUUCCUAGCGAUGGCCGGCUCUGAAUUCAUUGAAAUGAUUGGAGGAUUAGGCGCCGCACGAGUGCGA